UUUCGUUCUAAAUAUUGCUAAAAUUAAAAUAUGCUCCAUCUUUGACUAAUGACUGUGAAAUGAUGAGUCUUGUAAUUUAUGUUAAGUCUUAGCAACGGAAGCACAGAAACAUUGUUAGGAUGACUAAAUUAAGUACUAAAUUCGUUGGUGACCGCAAGUAAAUCAAAAGUUCAAUGAGGCCGUCUAAUAAACUCUUUUACUAUGACGAAUGAUGGAAAGGAAAACAUCAGACAUGUCACAUGCACGAAUCAUGCAGCCAGAUCUGAUAAGGAGUUAGCAAGAGUGUGCCCAUCUAAACUGAGUAAGCGUGAACUAGAAGACAUUUAUUUUUCACUACUGGAGAACAACACACAACUCAAAAAGACUAUCAACAGCCAACGUGAUCAGAUCAAAGUGUUAACAACGAAGGUUCAUAGAAUGACAGUACAGAAGACCCCAUUAGGUAGUCAAAAUAAAGAUUGCUGUGCUACCGCCAAAGGUAUUCUUAAUGAGCAGAAAGAAACCAUAGAAGAUUUGAAAAAAGCAAAUGAGAGGCUCUCGGACAGGAUUCGUUUUCUUAACAUGAGAAUAUGUUCAGCCAAGCAGUUCCUAAAACGAAGCCCCACACAGUCUACAUCCCGUUGUGUUAAAUGCUGCCUAACUCCAAACACAUCUAUCAAAAACUCAUCAAUGUGUGCCUUGAACCGCAAGGAAAGUGUCGCCAACCUUAGGACGGAUGCUGGUUCCUGUCAAAUUUUGAAUAAAGAUAGUUCGACAAUCAAAGCUGCUGAAACGGAAUCCCCAGAAGUGAAAGAUGAACCUUGCCAUCAAAACAAGUGUCGAACUGUAAUGGAUGAAUUAAAACAGAAGAUUGGAAGUUUAGAAGAGGAAUUAUCUAAAACACAUGAACAAUAUUCCGGACGUAUACUGAAACUUGAGGAAGAAAUGCAAGAGUUGCGAGGUGAAAACUCAAGAGUGAGAGCACUUCAAGUGGACAGUAAACACAGACUAGAAAUCGAGGAGAAAAAAACUGGAGAACUUUUACGUAAAUUACGCGAUACUGAAGUAGAGUGUGGUCAUCUAGCAACGGAGCUUCAAAUUGAAAAGAGUAAGGUAUCUGAGCUAGAAACUCAAGUUAAAUCAGCUGAUAUAUCGAGCCAGGUCGCUGACGUUCUUGAAAAGCAUUUGAUAACUUUGACAAAUCGCAGGUCGAGUAUCACGCCAAGCAAAGCCGAGCAACCAACGUUGGGUGCAGCUGACCUGAAUGAUAGUCCACUGGUAGUGCCCACUUCUGAAACAUCGCAAUACGAUACAGAGCGUGAGAAGGAAAGAACAGUAAUUAAAAACUCUGACGACUCUGGAUAUGCUGACAAGUUUGAAGACAAAAAGGAAUCUCCAAAAACCGAUUCAAAUAUUUUGGAUCAAAUUGCUAGUCUUCAAGAGCAAUUAAAUUAUCUGAAACUGUCGAUGAAAAAUUCUGACAAUACGAAGGGACACCUAAAAACCGCUAUUCGGGACUCCCUCGGAAAAAGCAAGUCCGAGUUAAACGAAUCGUACGGUUCUGUAGGCGCAAGCUCCAGUAUUAGCAAUGACAUCUUCCAGUCCUUAAGAGCCAAGGCUCAUAAAAAUAUUGAUCCCUACCCUCCUCCCCGAGCACCCGAGGUCCUAAUGGAAGAUAUAAACAGAAGUUCUAAAGCAGGUUCAGUCAAAACGCUCCAAGAGAUUAAUAUGUUCGAUCGACACAGCAAACUGCAAAUCUAUUCACCCUUGCCUGUAAAUACACCAAGAAUAUCUUAUUUUGGGGAAAAAAUUGAAAAAGGCAUUACUUCAGACAGUCCUAAUCAAAGCAAGAAGAAUUUGAACAGUGACACUAGAUUCGAUAAAUCUUUUGGUAAUAAAAGAAGUAAUAGUUUAAAUACAAAUAUUGCUAAUAAAGAGACAUACGAUGAAAACGGUUUUGAAAAAAUGAGAAGAAGAUUCAGUCUCAGGGACUUUAAUCAGGGUAAAAAUAAAGAUCUAUCAGUUAGCUAUGAUAACAAUAAAACUAUACUUGGCUCAACCAUAACCACUGUUGAUUUAAAUAAAAAAACUCGAGGAAAUAAUAUUGAAAAAGAUAAUAGCGACCCUAGUGUAGAAUUUAAAGUGAACGAAAGGAAUUUAAAGAAAAAAAUACAUAACAAAAAAGAAAACUCACAUAAUACACUGGGUGAAAACAUUGAAACACAUAUAAGAAACAGUGAGGUGGGAUCUAAUGUUAAUACAGAUAAAAACAAAAACACAGGUGAAACAAACGAAACUAAAAGUAUAAAAGAUAAAUUAGUUACUAGUAAUAAUGGCGAAAAACACUUGCAAGAUAUUGUCCAAAUGGGUAAAACUGCAGAAUCACCAGGUACAAGUUCGGGUGAUGCAACUUACACAGUUGAAGGCAGUCCCACUCACGGUAAUGAGAUCAGAGACGAGACCUACCCAGUUGAAAACAAAAACGAUAAUGCAACUUUUCAAAUGAGGAAUGGGGAAGAUCAAAAUCAUUUGGGUGCAACAACAAUCGGGUUGACGCCAAAACAAGGUCGCACGCUAAAACCCGUAAACACUUCCACUCCGGAUCGCGUGAAGACAUACAAUGCGGAGCGGUCAGCGGAAGUGACGCGCUCCACCUCUCCUGACAACACGGAGCAUGAGAUAUCUUCCUUGACGGAUUUGCCCAAUGAAGAUAAAAGCCCUCGAGACUACAUCUCCCCCGGAGAAGAGAGGGCCACAUCGUCGUUCACCGACUCGUACGCGGGCGCCACUACCACGGAUUAUGGCUCCCUCAGUCUGGGAGAAGUGCCCAUGAUUGGAGCAAAAAAGCUAUCUGAUUUAGAAAUGAGAGAUAAAACAACUGAUUCACUCGCGAUGUCGACGACUUCCAACAAGAUGGAGGAAGCCCUUCGAGCUAUAAGCGACGAGUUGAACCGCUGCAGGGUACUGCUUCAAGGUCAACUGCCCGCGCAGGUGAUACCAAACCUACUGCCCGAACAUAGAUUUGUUAGACGCUAGAGUAGUUUAGUAUUUAGUGUAUACAAUGAAGUAUUUUCUAAGUUAUGUGCGUUUUAGGUUAAAAUCUCACUUGCUUCAACAGUGCCUUCAUGCCUGAUAGUUCUCUUCCAUAAUGUUCUCCAUAAGUGGUGUGGAUCAACCUCCACUGGGUGUCCAGGGGGUGGACUACGGCCUUAACCCCUUCCCAUUGCGGAAGAAGACCCCUGCCCUGUAGUGGACCGG